AUGGAGUCGUGCCAUGGCCCUAGCCUACACCCAGGCUCCGGACAGGAUCCAGAUCUGUGGAUUUCUCCACAGAGAAAGAGCAGCCAUCGGAAUCCUGAAGAGGACAGUCAGGGCGAUGAUAGAGAUGUUCAAGAGGAAAGGGCAAGAGUUCAGAGUGCACUGGCCUGUGCAAAUCAGGAAGAGAGACCAGUUAUCCUAGUCAGCAAUUUGCGCAAAGAAUACAGAAGUGAGAAGGCUUGUUCCUGUGGCAAGAAAAGCAAGACGCUGGGGAAAGUGGCCACCAAAAGUGUCUCCUUCUGUGUUAAAAAAGGUGCAAGCAUUGACAAUUUCAUCCAAGCAGUGAAGAAUCAGAAUGUCCUGGUAGAAGUUGUCUCUGGCAAAAAUGUCAGUGACCAACUAGUGCACAAUGGGGCUAUAAUGGUAGCCCUUGAAGACAAGAAAUACAGAUUCACACUUAUAUGCCACAUGGAAGUGACCAAUUGCUUUCCAGUGCUUGUCAACAUCAUCAGCAAUGCACGCCUGCGAAUGUUAAAUUCCGCUGCCCAUAUUCGAAUCUGGAGUCACAUGUUUCUAUUUCAAUUUAGUAGCAAACAGCUAUGGAUCUUUUUAUGUAACAUGUGCAUGUUUGGGGUAUUUAUAUACCCUACCUUUCCAGCACAUUUUGCGAUGAUGAGCGGUCGUUACUACAAGGUAAAGUAAUUAAACAUGCAUGAAACUUAUUCCCUUGCAAUGAAUGCAGUCUUUUGAUUUCCCC